AUGCUUCUUCCGAAGCCACUCCUUUGUUGCCCUGGCUGUGUGUUUGGGAUCACUGUCAUGCUGAAAGACCCAGCCACGUCUCAUCUUCAAUGCCCUUGCUAAUGGAAGGAGAUUUUCACUCAAAAUCUCUCAGUACAUGGCCCCAUUAUUCUUUCCUUUACACAGAUCAGUCGUCCUGGUCUCCUUGCAGAAAAACAGCCCUAAAGCAUGAUGUUUCCACCCCCAUGCUUCACAGUGGGUACGGCGUUCUUCGGAUGCAAUUCAGUAUUCUUUCUCCUCCAAACACGAGAACCUGUGUUUCUACCAAGAAGUUCUAUUUUGGUUUCUUCUGACCAUAACACAUUCUCCCAGUCCUCUUCUGGAUCAUCCAAAUGCUCUCUAGCGAAUCGCAGACUGGCCUGGACGUGUACUUUCUUUAGCAGGGGGACACGUCUGGCAGUGCAGGAUUUGAGUCCCUGGCGGCGCAUUGUGUUACUGAUAGUAGCCUUUGUUACUGUGGUCCCAGCUCUCUGUAGGUCAUUCACUAGGUCGCCCCGUGUGGUUCUGGGAUUUUUUUGCUCACCGUUCUUGUUAUCAUUUUGACGCAACGGAGUGAGAUCUUGCAUGGAGCCCCAGAUCGAGGGAGAUUAUCAGUGGUCUUGUAUAUCUUCCAUUUUCUAAUAAUUGCUCCCACGGUUGAUUUCCUCUUCUUUCUUCUUCCCAGCAUUGUGCAGGUCUACAAUGUUGUCUCUGGUGUCCUUCGACAGCUCUUUGGUCUUGGCAAUAGUGGAGUUUGGAGUGUGAUUGACUAAAGUUGUGGACAGGUGUCUUUUAUACCGAUAAUGAGUUGAAACAGGUGCCAGUAAUACAGGUAACGAGUGGAGCCUCGUUAGACCUUGUUAGAAGAAGUUAGACCUCUUUGACAGCCAGAAAUCUUGCUUGUUUGUAGGUGACCAAAUACUUAUUUUCCACUAUGAUUUGCAAAUAUUUUUAAAAAAAAAUCAAACAAUGAGAUUUUCUUUUUUUUUUCACAUAAUGACUCUCAUGGUUGAGGUUUACCCAUGUUGACAAUUACAGGCCUCCCUAAUAUUUUCAAGUAGGAGAACUUGCACAACUUAUUUGCCCCACUGAAGGUCAAGGUGAAAAAAAGUUGCAUUUUAAAGUGUUCUGUGCGUCUUUAUAUAGGUUUGUGUGGACGGGUGCUAAUCAUAUUGGAAUAACAAUUGUAAUUCAUUUGUUUUUGAAGUGUUUUUAUUGGUGCUUUUGAAUGGUUAUCAGAGCAUUUUUCUUUUCAUUUCUGCACUUGUUCGUUGUUGUCUUUUCUAUAUAAUAAAUUACAAAGAGAUAAUGUGCUUUUUCAGUGUGGGAGUUUAAAUAUAUACGUGGUGAAAAUAGGUGGUGGGCGCCAACAAAUAUGUCGCCUAGGAUACCAAAUUGGUCAGGAACGGCCCUGUGUUCCUAUCAAUACUGAGACCAAACCUAUGUCCUUGGUUGAAAACAAAAACAAAAUGAGCAAAUAUGCAUUCUUCUGUGGAUCGUAUGUGGAAUCCUCACAUUACAAGGACGGGAGCGAGUGUCAGUUUACGUGGCAAGCGUGGAUUAUUCAUGACUCGGCAGGUGCGGCCGUCGCGUCGUGACUAUGGGCUUUGGCGUCCCUUCGGCAACAUCUCCUGGUGUCCUAGGACACGCCCCCCGAGGGUAAGACGCAAACAAAGACAGAAAGGUGAUGAUUUCCACGACGUCCAGAACGGCUGAGAUGGUAACUCAAGGAAAGCUGGAGAUCAACUCCGAGGACGCAGUGGAAGAUAAAAGCUCUGGCAAGCUGGGAUGCUUCGGCUGGAUUUUGGUGAUCAUUUCCCUCCUCUUCAUCGGCGUCACCUUCCCGCUUACCAUUUUCAUGUGUGUCAAGAUAGUCCAGGAAUACGAGCGUGCCGUCAUCUUCAGGCUGGGUCGAAUUGUGGACAGGAAAGCCAAAGGACCCGGGCUUUUCUUCGUCAUCCCUUGCACGGAUAACUUUGUCAAAGUGGACCUGAGGACCGUGUCUUUUGACAUUCCGCCGCAAGAGAUCCUGACCAAGGACUCGGUGACGGUGUGCGUGGACGGCGUAGUGUACUUCCGCAUCCGCUGUCCCAUCUCGUCGGUGGCCAACGUGAGCAACGCCCACUCGUCCACUCGCCUGCUGGCCCAGACCACGCUCAGGAACGCGCUGGGAACCAAAAACCUGGCCGAGCUGCUGUCCGAUAGGGAGGGCGUCUCGCUCGACAUGCAGGUUGCCUAUUCAAUCGUUGGACGAGGCCACGGACGCGUGGGGCAUCAAGGUGGAGCGCGUGGAGAUCAAAGACAUCAAGUUACCUCAGCAGCUGCAGCGGGCCAUGGCGGCCGAGGCCGAAGCCAGUCGGGAGGCCCGCGCCAAGAUGAUCGCGGCAGAGGGCGAGAUGAAGGCGUCGCGGGCCCUGAAGGAGGCGUCGCUGGUCAUCGCCGAGGCGCCGUCGGCCUUGCAGCUGCGCUACCUGCAGACGCUCAGCAGCAUCGCCGGCGAGAAGAAUUCCACCAUCGUGUUCCCGCUUCCCAUCGAAUUGCUACGGGGCUUCGCGGAGGGGAAGUGAUGAAUGAGCUUCCUUGGCAAGCUAUCUUCAUGUUAAUAAUAGAGCAUAUUCAUACUAGGAUUGUCAAAAGUGUGGGAAUGUAUACACUGCUGGCCAAAAGUAUUGGAACCCCUGGAAUUCUGUCAGAUAACGCUCAAUUUCUCCCAGAAAAUGAUUGCAAUUACAAGUGCUUUGGUAGUAACAUCUUCAUUGAUUUUGCUUGCAAUGAAAAAACACAAAAGACAAUGAAAAAAAAAAAACAUUAAU